AUGACUGAAGUAAACAGCUACAGAAGCUAGUAACGAAUCCUUUAGCUAUUAAAAAUUAAUCCAUCUCUAUUAAGAUAGAGAGUGGUUAGCUAAUCUAUAUAGUAGCAACUCAAACCAUUAAUCUAAAACAAUUAACAAUAGGUUAUUAAACAAGAGCAAUAAGCCUCAUAAGUAGAGCUUAGAGAGAUAUAAAUUCAGACAGAUGAGCCUGAUUUAUCAAAUAAUAUAGAGAUAUAAUGUGAUGUCUUAAUUUAAGAUGAACUUCCUGAUUUGGACUAGUCCUAAUUCUAACUUGAAAUAGUUAAACAAGAAAAUGGUUCAGUUAUUUAGGAGCUAGAAAACUUAUAAAUACAAGAUUAAGAACCAGAUAGUCACGAUUAAGAACUCGAAAUUAGGAGCGAAGCUACCUCAUAAAUUAGCAGAAAAAGCAAAAAAAUUAAGAAAUAAUAAGGACAUACUAAAGAGGAGUUGAAGCAAUUUGCCAAGAGUCUUGCCGAAUCGCUCUAUGGUCACACUGAGAAGAAUAAAAAGAAGCUCAGAGAUGAUCUUAUGCCUUUAAUUAUGGAGAUAUUUGCAACUUAUGUUCCUGAGAAACCUGAAAAGUAAGCAAAGAAUAAUAAAAACAAAUAAGCUAAAGGCACAGCAUUCCAUCACUAUUAAAAGGAAAUAGUCGCCAUGAAAAGAAACCUUUGGAGAUAGCCCAAGUAAACAGAAUGA